UAAGCUAGUUAGCAGAGAUAAUGACAUUGUGCACUAUGGGUAUCGAAGGAAAUGACUCACACACCGCCACAUUGACACAUUCCUUUGAACUUAGGUAUUAGCAGUACUGGGAAUCAGCCUUAUCUCUUGUGUACAUAUUUUGUUGUUUUUAACCCCCAUAGAAAUAUGAAUUUAUCACAGUGCAGCCUUUGUUGUGAGGAGAAGUAGGAAUAUUUUUGUGUUACAGAGCACCUGUUUGGUGAACAUUGUGUGCGAGCCCUGCCAGUGUAUUCUCUGUAUAGGGAUCACACCAGUCUCACUAAUCUGUGUAAUUCUGUUCUGCCCUGUGCACGGGAAGGUUGCAGAUUUAUUGAUUUGCAAUCAGUGUAGUCUUUCCCAGGUCACUUCAGAUGAACCAAGCCAUUUCUCUGUAUUGACAAACAAGGAUUUUAAAUGGAAGCAUGUGAAUGACAUGCUUGUGCCGCAGUAAAAUUAACAAACCUUGUGUUAAUUAUAGAGCGAAUUUUUUGCAGACAUAGCAGGAUUAGGUGCGAGUCUUACGUACACACUUGAAUGACCUUUUUGCCUGAGGAAAUGUUUAUGUCAGUGUGUACUAUUUCAUCCUUAGCAAUCAGGAGUAAUGUGUAGUAUCUCAGGUUGGGAAAAUCCUGUAUGUUCUCCUGUUACUUGCAGUUUGCCUUCAUGUCGUGUAUGAAGUGAUUCAGAUGUGUUCUAACAUGGAAAUAUGGAUAUUAUGUGUGUUGUUGGUGGGCUGUGAAAUGACAUGGUGCUUUCCUACACCUGCUAGUCAACCCGAGGAGGAGGAAUUUCUCAAGCCUGCUUCACAUCCUGUCAUAGAAACCAUUGAGGCUGGUAAAAAUAAUACUCUUUACCUUAUUCAGGAAGUCGCUCAUUCAGAUCAGAACACUCAGCCUAACCCCACUAAUGAUUUGGUUCGAAAAGUAAUUGGAUAUACAAAUAAUUUACAAAAUAGUAACAAAAAAUUUCUGAGGGAUUAUGAGACAGAAAGUGAAAGAGAAAAGGCUAAGGUGAUUUUUGAAUAUAGUUCAGUGAAAUUAAGCAAGCCUGAAUCCCUUUCUCUAUCCCGGAGAGAAGCACUUCAGCAAACGGAUGUUGACGUUGACGGAGGUUCGUGGUCGACAAUGGUGUUGACAAUUGCGAGCACCCUUGUGGCUCUGUUCAGCAUGUCUGUCCUUGUAGCAGUCUUCCAGUGCUGUUGUCGCAGAAGAAAGCGAAGUUCAUCCCCAGAAAUAGAUGAUAAGGAAGAGAAAACAGCCGACGACAAAAACAAGAACAACGAAAAAGUCAACAAAGAGGAAGCAUCAAAACCAGCCAAAGAACAAAACGACAAAAAACAAGGGGAAGAUUCACAGGAGAAAACAGAUGACAAGCUUUCAUUUAAAGACAAAUUAAAAGCCUUUGAAAAGAAGGAUGACAGCAAAGAGUCACCCCUCAGGCCUGGCCCCACCCCAAAAAAGCGACCCCAGAGUGAGGCUUUCAAGGCUUUUGAGGGCAAGGGGAUCAUUAUGGGAAUGCCAAUGGGUCAAAGUCCUCGAUUUCCUAAACCAAAGGAGACUCAAAAUGAGGAAAAGGAAGAUGCUGAGGUUACAAUGCGACCAAAAAUAACCAUCACCCCUUCCCCUGAUGGAGACUCAGAUUCUGGAAGUUAUAAACAGCCAGAUAACCCUGAUGUCGUGAUAGCUGAUGAGGAGGAUGACGACUCAGAAUUUGGGGCCAUCAAAAGGGAAACAGCAGUUCUAAGAUCAUAUCGGAAAGCCCCUCCACCCAAAAACAGAAACCGUUCUUCUGCGGCAUUCAGGCGAAAAAAUGCUCAACAAUCCAUGGCCAAAUUACUUGAUGAAGGUUUGGAUGUUAUAGGUGAGGAUAAAGAAGAAGAACCAUUGUUAUCAAAAGAUAAUAGUCUCCUACAAAAUGGAGGUAGUAAGAGUAAAGACAGAACCAAACUGUCACCAGAGCCUAGUGAAUCCAACCCUCCCGUGGCCAAAGAAAGGUCUCGUUCAAAAACACCUGAAAAAUCAGACUCAGAAAAAAGUGCUUCAAAAACUGUCUCAGAAAAAUCUGGUUUGAAAACUCCCAAUAAAUCAGACUCAAAACCUGCUGAUAAAACGGGUUCAAAAACCCCUGAAAAAGCUGGCUCAAAGACACCAGACAUAACUGGUUCAAAAACUCCUGAAAAAGCAGGUUCAAAAACACCAAACAAAGAGCGCUCAAAGACACCUGAUAGAUCUGGCUCAAAAACUCCUGAAGAAAAACCUGCCAAACCAAAUAGUGAUAAAAAGACAGUAGAUAAAACAGUGAAUUCAGAUUCACAAGCCAGUACUGGCAUUUCUACAGGAGGAAAUAUAUUUGCACAAAUUGAUCCCACUGUCAAAAAGACUUCUCCUACUGCCACUACACCAACAAGUCUAGAAACAAAGAGUCGUGCUGACAAAGUGAAAUCCUCUCCUUUAUUUUUAGAAGAUGACAAACUAAUGAAAGCCUUGAAUGAAAGAUUAAAGGCACAGCAAGAGGAAAAUGAUGAGAAAGACAAACGUCGUCGGUCAUUAAAUACAGAUCUGUGAUAGGCCUGAGUUAUCUGCCCCUGGAUUGUAUCAAUCACCAUAUCAACACCAUUCACUGAUGUAUUGUGAAUCAAUACUAUAAUACUGUAUACAUGUACCUCAGUGUUAUCAGGUUAAAUGUGUAAUAUUCUUUUUUAUUUUAAACCAAGAAGAGUCUUCCACUUUUCACCUUCAAGGAAAAUUUCUAUAUGUGAUUUGUGUACUGUAAUUCUGCAGUGUACAAAGAAUAUACAUGUAUUUUGUUUAUGAAAAUGCUUCCUGAGCCAAGAGCAUGAGUGUAACAUGUUGCAUGAAAUGAAAAGUCCUGUCACAAUCAUUGUCAAGAUGAAAGUGUUUAUCUAGUUGUUUGAAUUGUGAUAUGAUGUAGCUGAGUUCUAGCUUUUGAUUGUUGAGAAAUGAAAUGAUGUUGAAUGAUAAGUCUGCUGUCUGUAGAGGCCAAAUAUUGCUUUAUUAUAUGAAAUGAAUGCUAGUUUAAUUGAUGUAAAUGUUAAUCGCUCAAACAAUUGUGCAAUAGAUAAUUUUCACAGAUUAUGCAACUACCACACAUCAUUUUUUUAUUAACACUGCUUUGCUUUUUUUCUUCAAACCAUGGGUUUAGCUUACAAUUCCAAAGAAAAUAGAUGUUGCUAAUAUUUUAUUAUGAUAAUAAAUUGUGCUGAAACUUUCA